UCCAAUUUUGUUGGGUGGUGAAGAAGAAGAUUGAGAGAAAAAAUAAUAAAAAAAACUUGUUUGUUGGUAGUGUGGUGGUGCAUGGGAGGACCAUGGCCAGCACAAGUGACACAAGGGGUCCUAUUGAUACUGAUUGGCAGCCAACAAGGAGGCUGGUGAGGGCUCAUACAAGAAAUGUGGACUUAGGAAAGGAAGGUGUUGUGGACAGUGAGAGUGUCCCUUCCUCACUUGCUGUGCUUGUGCCUAUUCUAAGAGCUGCCAUUGACAUUGAGGAGGAAAAUCCCAGAGUUGCCCAUCUUUGUCGCUUCCAUGCGUUAGAGAAGGCCAAUGUAAUGGAUCCAAUAUCAAGUGGGCAUGGAGUUCUUCAGUUCAAGACCUACCUAUUGUCCAAACUCAAAGAGGAAGGGGAGCUUACAAAAAAUCAUAGUAUAAGUGAUGGAAGGGAGCUGCAGAACUACUACCAAACAUUCGUCGAAAAGAAAAUCUGGGAAGGGGAAUUUACCCAAAGACUGGAGGAGACGUCUAAGAAUGUUAAGAUUGCCACUGUAUUGUAUGAUGUGCUGAAGUCUAUGAUAAAUACAGAAAAUAUGGAUGAGAAGACAAAAUGGUAUGCUAAUGAUGUUGAGCAUAAGAUGGGACAAUAUGAACACUAUAACAUCCUUCCAUUAUAUGCUGUUGGUGUUAAACCAGCAAUCAUGGAACUUCCCGAGAUCAAAGCAGCAAUUAAGGCUUUAUGUAGGGUGGAUAAUCUUCCAAUUCCAGUAAUUCUUGCAAGACCUGAUGAUUAUAAUAAUGAUCCUACAAUGUCUAUGAAGAGACUUAAAAAAGUGAAUGAUAUACUUGAUUGGACUGCCUCAGUUCUUGGUUUUCAGAAAGGAAAUGUAGCAAAUCAAAGGGAGCACCUCAUAUUAUUACUUGCCAACAUGCAUAUAAGGAACAGCGCUGAAUCAACUAAUCAGCUCCAUGCAGAAACUGUGGAAAAGUUGAUGGCUACAAUUUUCAAAAAUUAUAAGUCAUGGUGUGAUUAUCUACGUUGUGAAUCCAAUCUUAGGUUUCUAGAGGAUUAUGACAAGCAACAGAUGGAGCUGAUUUAUAUCGCUCUUUAUCUUCUAAUAUGGGGAGAAGCUUCAAAUAUUCGCUUUAUGCCUGAAUGUCUUUGCUAUAUUUUUCAUCAUAUGUCCCGUGAAGUCCAUAAGAUUUUAGACAAGAAUAUUACCAUUCAUCUGAUGAGAAUAGACCCAGUCCAAGAACAUGAUGAUGAAUAUUUUCUGAGGGAAGUUAUAAGUCCAAUAUAUCAAGUUUUGAUGAAGGAAGCAAAGAGAAACAACAAAGGCAAGGCAAGUCAUUCCAAUUGGAGAAAUUAUGAUGAUCUCAACGAAUACUUUUGGUCUAACAAAUGUUUUCAUGAUCUAAGCUGGCCAUUUAAUCACAAAGCAGACUUUUUUAGGCAUUCAGAUGAGACACAGACAAGACGUCGGGCAAGCACCGGAGUUGGUAAGAGGAAGCCAAAACCAAAUUUUGUUGAAGUUCGAACGUUUUUGCAUCUGUAUAGGAGUUUUGAUCGAAUGUGGAUAUUCUUUAUAUUGGCUUUACAGGCAAUGAUUAUCAUAGCUUGGAGUUCCUUGGGACCUAUUGGAGUGCUUUUUGAUGCAGAUGUCCUCCGAAAUGUUAUGACUAUAUUCAUUACAUAUGCUUUUCUCAGCUUUUUUCAAGCAACUCUUGAUAUUUUUCUCGCAUGGUAUGCAUUGAGGACAAUGAAAUUCACUCAGUUGCUUCGAUAUUUUCUGAAAUUAGUUGCAGCAGCUGUUUGGGUUGUUGUUUUGCCUGUCUGUUACUACAUAAAUCUACAAUUUGUCACUAGUUGGGGUGGAGUUUGGGGGAAAGUGUCACUUUACACCUAUGCUGUUGUAUUAUAUAUGCUACCAAACAUAGUGGCUGCAAUACUAUUUUCCCUUCCUCCCUUGCGGAGAACAUUGGAGCAGUCAAAUAUGCGGAUCAUUACCUUUUUCAUGUGGUGGGCUCAGCCAAAAUUGUACGUAGGCAGAGGCAUGCAUGAAAGCAUGUUUUCACUGUUGAAUUAUACCCUUUUUUGGAUCAUGAUACUAAGUAUCAAGCUAGCAUUCAGCUACUACGUUGAGAUAUUGCCUCUUGUUGGACUGACAAAAUUAAUCAUGGGGAUGUCUAUAGAUAACCACGAGUGGCAUGUGUUAUUUCACGAAAAUGAGUCACACAAUAUAUAUGUUGUCAUUGCGAUAUGGACUCCAAUUAUCCUGGUUUAUUUUAUGGAUACUCAAAUAUGGUAUGCUAUUUAUGCCACAAUAGUUGGUGUCAUUGUUGGUGCGUUCGGCCAUCGGGGAAAGAUACAGACACUUGAAAUGCUCCAUUCCAGAUUUCCAUCCAUACCAUUAGCUUUCAGUCAGCGGUUUUGGACUGGAGAAGACAGAAAAACUAAAGAGGUGGAAUUGGAUGAGACAUAUGAACGGAAUAAUAUUUCAUACUUUUCUCAAUUUUGGAACGAGUUUAUAAAUUCUAUGAGAGAGGAAGACCUCAUCAGUGACAGGGAUAGAGAUUUGCUUCUAGUUCCAUACAAUUCAACUGAUGUUUCUGUCAUUCAGUGGCCUCUAUUCUUGCUUGCUAAUAAGAUUCCUAUAGCUGUUGACAUGGCAAACGAUCAUAUGGGGACUGAUGAUGAUUUAUGUAGAAAGAUUAGGAGCGAUGCAUAUAUGUCUUCAGCAGUUGUUGAAUGCUAUGAGACUCUCAAGGACAUCAUACUAAAGCUUUUGCUAGAUGAAGAAGAUAGGAAUCUUGUAAGAAGUAUAUGCGCAAAAGUAGAACGGUGCAUUCGAGAAGAAACAUUUCUCCAGGAAUUCAAGAUGAGUGCCUUGCCUUCACUUAUUGACAAGUUAGAGAAAUUCUUAACUCUACUGCAAUCACCACAUGGAAAACUAAAGUCCCAGAUUGUCAAUGUCCUACAAGAUAUUGUAGAAAUUAUCAUACAUGACGUUAUGGUUGAUGGCCAUAUGUUUCUGCAAGAACCUCAGCAAUAUCAUGUAACGAGAAGGGAGAGAUUUGUCAACAUUAACGCUACUCUUACACACAAAAGAUUAAUGAAGGGGAAGGUUGUUAGGCUUCAUUUGCUUCUAACAUUCAAGGAAUCAGCCAUAAACGUGCCCCAAAAUCUAGAAGCUCAGCGCCGUAUUAAAUUCUUUGCAAAUUCCUUAUUAUUUACGAAUAUGCCAAAGGCUCCCAAAGUUAAGAACAUGAUUUCCUUCAGUGUUCUAACACCGUAUUUCAAAGAAGAUAUUCUAUAUUCUCAUAAGGAACUCUAUAAGGAAAAUGAAGAUGGAAUAUCAAUUUUAUUCUACCUAACCAAGAUAUAUCCUGAUGAAUGGGCCAAUUUCAAUGAACGACUAAAAAGUGAUGAUCUUGAAAAAGAUAUGGAAGAAUCAAUUCGUCGGUGGGCUUCUUACAGAGGACAGACACUCUAUAGAACAGUGAGAGGAAUGAUGUACUAUUGGCAAGCUUUGAUCCUUCAGUGCUUCAUAGAAUUUGCCGGAGACACUGCUCUUUCUGAAGGCUUUCGGACAGAGGAUUUCUACAACAAAAAUAAGAAGUUUCUCGAAAAUGCACAAGCUAUGGCUGAUUUAAAGUUCACCUAUGUUCUUUCUUGUCCAGUGUAUGGUUAUCUUAAAAAGUCCAAAAACGAAAGAGACAAAAGUUGCUAUAUUAGUAUUCUCAACCUCAUGUUAACGCAUUCACCCCUUCGUGUUGCUUACAUAGAUGAAGUAGACGAGAACAAGGAUGGAAAAUCUCAAAAUGUUUAUUACUCGGUUCUUGUCAAGGGAAGAGAGAAAUAUGAUGAGGAAAUAUAUCGCAUCAAGCUACCUGGUCCUCCAACAGUCAUCGGUGAAGGGAAACCUGAAAACCAAAAUCAUGCCAUUAUAUUUACUCGUGGAGAAGCCUUGCAGACUAGAGACAUGAAUCAGGAAAACUAUUACGAAGAAUCUUUCAAAAUGAGAAAUGUAUUGGAAGAAUUCCGAAAAGAACACAGUGGGCAGCGAAAACCCACCAUUUUGGGUAUAAGGGAGCAUUUAUUUACUGGAAGUGUUUCUUCACUUGCAUGGUUUAGGUUAAACCAAGAGAAUAGUUUUGUGACCAUUGGUCAACGAAUUUUGGCAAAUCCUUUAAGGGUCCGAUUUCAUUAUGGUCAUUCUGAUAUAUUUGACAGAAUCUUCCACAUUACAAGAGGUGGCAUAAGUAAAGCAUCAAAACUUAUAAACUUAAAUGAUGAUAUAUUUGCAGGGUUCAAUUCAAUUCUACGUCAAGGAUUUAUCACACAUCAUGAAUAUAUACAAGUUGGUAAAGGGAAUGAUACAAGCAUGAAUCAAAUAUCAGUAUUUGAGGCUAAGGUUGCAAGUGGAAAUGGAGAACAAACACUUAGUCGUGAUGUUUAUCGACUUGCCCAACGAUUUGACUUCUAUAGGAUGUUGUCAUUCUACUUCACAACAGUUGGUUUAUACUUUAGUAGCAUGGUAACUGUGUUGACUGUGUAUUUGUUCUUAUAUGGACGUUUAUAUAUGGUUUUGAGUGGAGUUGAGAGAGAAAUUCUUGAACGUACAAACACACAUCAGAGCAAAGCCCUUGAAGAGGCAUUGACAAUUCAGUCUCUUGUUCAGUCAGGCUUACUGCUUAUGCUGCCAAUGGUUAUGGAAAUUGGCUUGGAGAAGGGAUUUCGCUCUGCCUUGAUUGAUUUUUUCUUCAUGCAGCUGCAGCUAGCUUCUGUGUUCUUUACUUUCCAGCUAGGAACAAGAGCUCAUUAUUAUGGAAGAACACUCUUGCAUGGAGGCACUAAGUAUAGACCAAUUGGUCGUGGAUUUGUUCCCUUCCAUGUGAAGUUUGCUGAUAACUACAGGUUGUAUUCACGAAGUCAUUUUGUGAAGGGCCUAGAGAUUCUCAUACUAGUGAUUGUUUAUCAAGUCUAUGGGGAAUCAUAUCGCAGCUCGCAACUUCAUCUAUUCAUAACAGUAUCAAUGUGGUUUUUGGCCACUUCCUGGUUGUUUGCUCCUUUCCUUUUUAAUGCUUCUGGCUUUGAUUGGGUAAAAACAGUGGACGAUUGGAGAGAUUGGAAGCAAUGGUUGGGAUAUCGUGGUGGUUUAGGUAUUGCAUCUGAUAAAAGCUGGGAAUCUUGGUGGGAUGAAGAAAAUGAACACUUGAAAUACUCAAAUAUCAGGGGGAAAAUAAUUGAGAUAAUUCUUGCAUUUCGCUUCUUUCUAUACCAAUAUGGAAUUGUCUACCACAUGGAUAUUACUCAUCAUAACAAACAUUUGCUGGUAUUUGGAAUUUCUUGGGCAGUUUUAAUAAUAACACUCAUGGAUUUGAAGAUGCUAUCCAUGGGAAGACGAAGAUUUGGCACCGACUUUCAGCUCAUGUUUCGUAUUCUCAAGGCACUUAACCAUCUUGGCAUCUUGAUAGUCAUGACUCUAUUAUUUUUGAUAUUUGAACUUACCAUAUCAGAUUUUUUUGCUGCCAUUAUUGCCUUCAUGCCCUCUGGAUGGGCCAUUAUUCAGAUUACACAAGCAUGCUCGGUAUGCUUGGAAGGAACUAGACUAUGGGUAUCGGUGAAAGAGCUAUCCAGAGCUUAUGAAUAUGUAAUGGGAUUAGUAAUCUUCAUGCCAAUAUUCAUUUUGUCAUGGUUCCCAUUUAUAUCAGAGUUCCAAACCCGUUUGCUAUUCAGUCAAGCGUUUAAUAGAGGGCUCCAAAUUUCAGUGAUUCUUGGAGGAAAGAAGAACAAUUAUAAACCUGAUUGACAUAUUGAUGAAUUUCCAAGGUAAUCUAGCAUGUACAAUACAUAAAUUAAAGGUUAUUUUUGUACCAUUCAUAAAAUUAUGAAAGUGGUUUUUUUAUUAUUAUUUUGUCAUUGAUGCCAUAGUUUUCCAAUUAUUGGCAAGAAUUUGAAGAUCAGUUUGAGGAGAAAGUGAUCUCCCAAAUAUAAGAAAUUUUUGGGAACUCAUAUGAUUAAUGACUUGUUUGAAUACAAGGGAGAAUUUUUUUUAUUAGAAAAUACUUUUUAUUUUUAAUAGAAAAUUUUUUAAUUUGUAGUUAAAUAGACUU